UCCUGGUUAAGUUCACCGGUUUAAGGUUUCUAAUUGUUUUUUUUUUGUUUCGUUCGCUCGCUCCGUGUUUCUCUUCCAGGGUUUUGCGCUCUCUUUCAUUCUUCUCACAAGGGUUCUUCUCUCUCUCAAAUGAAUUCGAGUACCGAUUCCACUCUAUGCGUGAGGCAGGAACUUGAUAUCCCAGAAGAAUUAAUGGGGUCUCCGGAAGAAUCUGCAGAAGAAUCAUCGAGGAUCGUUCCUUUUGCGCCUUCAAAUGAAGAAUCGAUACUGGAGAAGGGUCUCGGGAAAGAAGUAAACUUUUCUUUUUUGGCUCCCUCUCCUGAGAAAGAUCGAGAAACGAUUUAUUCCGCCGACACUCGAGAUGUUUCUUCCUCCGGAAAGGGUUCAGAGUUUCUCACUGAAACUGAGAUUUCUGCGACGGAAGAGGCAACAAUGGUGGAAGCUUGUUCUGUAAAUGUUUCUGUACCUGAAAUGGUGGGCUCUGAAGUUCUUGAAUCGGAGAAUUCUGGUGUUGACGUGCGAAAGACGAAGGAAACGGAUGCUCCACUCAUUUCUAUAUCUAAACCGUCUUCUGGGUUUUCUGUAGAAAACGAGAAUUUUUAUGACAAGACUGGGCUCAUCAAUGGGGUAGAUGUUGCAUUUGAUGGUCACAAUCGUGAAGAAGAAAGUUCGAAUCUUGAUGAGAAGGGCAAAGAAACGGAGGUCCAGAGACUUUUAGAGGCUGAGAAGAAAAGAUUGUUGGCCGAAAUCGAAGUAGGAACGAUUUUCGGACCGAAGGCAAAUGCGGAGACAGUUACUAGCGACUCAAGUUUCUUCAAGAGUGGGGAUGAUUGUCAAGAGGUACAAGAGACUGUUGAAAAAAUGGUUCUAAACGAUCCUUCUUCUGACGGAAGAUCAUUGAAGGUUGAAGUUAUCGAUGAUACUGCGAUGGUUGAUGUGGUUCCCAUCUACAAGAGAGGAAGUGAUCAUUCUAAGAGAUUGGAAGCUUCACGAGCUGAUACUAAGAACACCGAAGAGAUAACAGUAAACCGGAAACAGGGGAAGGGAACAAGAGGCAAAGGAAAGGGAAAGGGAAAUGCUGCUAAGAAAUCGGCCCAAGUUUCUGAAAUUUGUGAUAUUGUUGAAAAGAAUAGGAACCCGUCGAAGAUGAUGUACUCUAGGAAACAAUUGGAGGCAAUGAGGUUUGCCAAGAUUGCGGAUCAGAGGAAGCUGUGGAGUGACAUAUACACUGGCCUUGCUCCUGAGGUGGUGACCGAGUAUGAAAGUUUGGCUAGUUUCAAGAAUCAGAAGAAUUCAAAACCGAAUCGAGAUCGUGCACGGCCAUUUCCAAGGAAUCGCGAUAUGAGCAUUCUCGAGAACAAUGAUCUGGAGGAAAUAACCGGCGAAGGACUUGUAAUGGAAGAAGAAUACUGCACUGAAGAUGAUGAUAGCGAUGAAGAUUACAAUAGCAUUCUGAAGCCUGCGUUUGCAGUGGAAGGAGAGCCUGAUUUCGAUUCUGGGCCACCCGAAGAUGGGUUUGAAUAUUUAAGACGAGUCAGGUGGGAAGCUCAGCAGAUUCCGAAGGUUAAAAUAGCCAAGAGAGAUACGAGCAAGAAUGCUUCGAAGGAACAAACUAUUUACAUGCCUCAGCUUCCCGAGAUUGCCAAAUGUCUGGACCAUCUUUUGCCGACGAAAGAAUGGGAGGACGCAUUUCUUUCCGACUUCUCGGACCUUCGGCUGGCUUUGUCGCAACUUGAUGCAUCGAGUAUGGACAGCUCGGAUGAAUCUGGUUUCGUGCUUAAUUUUGAGGAAGAUCAUCGUAUCAUGAAGGAAUUCAAUGGUCUCAGCUCUGUGGAAACGGAGGAAGAAACGAAAGAAUUCCCUAGCGGGAAGGAAGGAAUUCUUCUGUUUGAUAGAAACCCGAAACCGAAAACUGCAACUUGUAGCGGUUUCGGGGAAUAUCCGAUGCUUUCAGACAUACAAGGGAUGGAUUCCGUGACCCGGGUAUCGACGCUGAGGAAGCGUAUAUCCAUGGUUGAGGCGGGAGACGGGUUACAGAGGAGCGACUGCCUCUGGAUAUUCGCGUUAUCUGCAGCAGUCGAUACUCCGUUGGAUGGCGAUACUUGCGGGUGUCUCAGGGGUCUUCUGAGGAAGUGUGCGGGUACUCGUGCGGGGAAAUCGGAGGUCGACGAGGAAGUUGUCAUGGCGAAUAUCCUCGCCACGAUCUCGGGGAGAUAUUUUGGCCAAAUGGAACGCGAGUAAGUGACGAAAGGUCUUUUAGUGCCAUCGUUCUUUGAGUGUCUCGAACCCGUUUGAUCGUUGUGUUAUAGCCAUUCGGUUUUUAAGAUUGGGUUCGAUUAAGUGUCAUUUGGUUCGAAUUUCGGUUUAUGAGUAACCGAACCGAAUGCUCUGUAUCUCUGGAGUGAACCGGUGUAACUUUACCAAGCGAA